CGCUGCGCUGCGGCUCCGCGCGCUCGCCUCGUCUCUGCCGUGUGACGCACGGCGGCCUCCGUUUCCUGUUCCUGGCGUUGCUCGGCGCCUCCGCGCGCGCCGCUCGCGGGGCCGGUGCGGGUCUAGGUCACGUGCUGAGGGGAGCGGGAAGGCGACGUUCUUCUUUCCUCGGCCGUCGUCCGCCAUGUUUUCAGGCCGGGUCAGCCUUGGAUUUUCUCUGUGAGGAAAUGGCCAGGGGGCUUUGGGGAGCCCCGGCGCCAGUGCCUCGGCGGAGCCCAGGCUGACGAAGCGAGGCGGCGGGGAGACCUGGAGCAGUUGUGUGCGGGGUGGGGAGGCCAUGGCGUCCAGCAGUAACUGGCUGUCCGGCGUGAAUGUCGUGCUGGUGAUGGCCUACGGGAGCCUGGACUUGAAAGAGGAGAUUGAUAUCCGGCUAUCCAGGGUUCAAGAUAUCAAGUAUGAACCUCAGCUCCUUGCAGAUGGUGAUACAAGACUGCUACAGCUGGAAACCCAGGGAAAUCAGAAUUGCUACAACUAUCUAUACAGGAUGAAAGCUCUGGAUGCCAUCCGUGCCUCUGAGAUACCAUUUCACGCUGAAGGCAGGCAUCCCCGUUCCUUAAUGGGCAAGAAUUUCCGCUCCUACCUGCUAGAUCUUCGGAACACUAGUACUCCUUUUAAGGGUGUACGCAAAGCCCUCAUUGAUACCUUGCUGGAUGGCUAUGAAACAGCCCGCUACGGGACAGGGGUCUUUGGCCAGAGUGAGUACCUGCGCUACCAGGAGGCCCUGAGUGAGCUUGCCACCGUGGUCAAAGCACGAAGCGGGAGCUCUCAGAGACAGCACCAGUCAGCAGCCAAAGAUCUAACCCAGUCUCCUGAAGUCUCCCCGACAACCAUCCAGGUGACAUACCUCCCCUCCAGUCAGAAGAGUAAACGUGCCAAGCACUUCCUGGAGUUGAAAAGUUUUAAGGACAACUAUAACACUUUGGAAAGUACACUGUGACUGCCUGAUGGACGCUGCUGCUGCUGGCAGGGCCAGUGGCCUCGGGUCAUCUGGCUUGUGGGCCCAGGUCAGCUGAAGUGCCACCGUGUCCAGCACUUUUAGGGUUCAUUCCUAGAGAAUCGUUCUUCAGCCUGUUCUUACAGUCAGUUUCAGAGAGUCAGGACUUUAUUUUCCUUUGGUAGUACUUUUUCCUGGAGUUGAAUUCAGAUGUUUUUCUUAAUGUUCCAUUAAUGCUUCCUUAAAAAUCCUCACUUGGUUUUGAUUAUAGUUCAUUUGCCCUUCUUUUUUUCCAUUUUCCAGACUAUAAAUAAUCCUGAGUGAGAGUUGGGGUGGUUGGGCUUGGUGUCUUCCAUGUCUACCCCUUCAUGCACAGCUGAAUGGGGACCAUUUGGGUUUGAGCUCUCUUAGAGGUGAUUGGCAGGAAAGACAGACACGAACUAGUGGGGAGGUCUCGUGAGGCCGUGGGAUCAAUGUGGAGUGGCUUGCCUGGUUCUCCACUUAAACUGGUGUGUGGGGAAACAUUAACACAACCUCCCUGACAUGCAAGGAUUUGCCCUUGUGCUUUCUUUCCAUACUGUCUUGAAUAAAUGAAAAGGGAAUGUUGGCACCUAUCCUAAUCCCAUCCCCCCACUUACUUGGGGUGCUUAUGGGACAGUGAAGAAAUGUCAGACCAACGUAUGGUUCUGACAUUCUAAAUUAUUUAAUAAAAUGAGUAAUUAAAAACAUGA